CUCCCUGCCAGGAUCCCUGCAAUCCUCUGACUCUGAUUGGCCCUGAAUCUGACGGUAUUAAACAUCAAACCAACACCCCAAUCAGGGGUAGAAUAGGACGAGUCUUCACAGAAUGCCAGUGGGAUGAUUUGCAUGGGCUGCUGCAUUGAAGACAACUCAGUGGCGCAGAAACGGAAAAGAUGCCGAGACACAGUUUUAGAGGGAACUCCAGGAUGCCAAGACAACACGCUAAUCAAGUCAGAACCCAUAUGCCUCCAAGAAACCGAAUGAAGACUAAUACAGGAUUUAGAGGAAACACGCAUCACACAACAAGAACACGUCCUAAUCCAGGCGUUAGAAGAAACUUCCAUCACAAAAAGAGGACAAAUCCUAAUCCAGUUAAUGAAGGGAACAGAGGGAUACGGGCAAACCAAAGAAGAAAUUCUAAUCCAGGAUUUAGAAGAAACACACAUCACACAAGCACACAUCCUAAUUCAGGUGCCCAAGGAAGAGGAAAGUUCCAUCAUAAAAAGAGGACAAAUCCUAAUCCAGUGCAGAGACAGGCGCUGAACAAACUUAUUCUUCAUGCAGUAAAGGGCCCAAUUCCACCAGUCAGGAAACCCUUGUCAGUGGUGGAGAUGCUGAAACAGAAACUGAAAGCUAAUCGAGAGCUGGCGGUUCGUCCCAUAGUCCAAAGGACACGUACACCUGCUAUGUCUGGUCUUCCUGUUCAUAAGGCAGUGAAGCUGCUGAAACAGAAGCUGAAAUCUAAUCGAGAACUGAUGAUUCGUCCCAAAGUCCAAAGGACAAUUACACCUGUUAUGACUGUACAUCCUGUACAUCCUAUCGCAGCCGGUGUCUAUGAUCAUACGCCUGCAAGUGCCAUUCCCUACCAACCACGACCUCGAGUGCGUUAUGAUCGUGGAAACAUGACUCCACAUUCCAGCCAGGUGGCCAGUGACUCUGCAGCUUCUGCUCAGAGUCAUAAGAUAGAAAAGUCACCAGCUGAUAAUGAGAAUAUUACAGAAAUCACAGACGAAAACCUGCUGUUCCUAAAUGAACACCGAGCCGAGUUAAUCGACAAAGUGAAAAACGUGGUCAGGAUCUUAGAUUACCUUGAGCUAUCCAAUGAAAACGCAGCAAUUGUGCGAGCACAAUUGACGGAUCAGGCCAUGAUGAGGAAACUUCUGGAAUUUACAACUAGCAAACGUGCUGCAGAGCUUCUGAUUAAAGUCUUGUUGGAAGAAGCAGGUGAUGUCAUAGACGAUCUUAAAGGCUCCAGUGAUGAUGAGGAUGAUGCUGGGGAUGAUGCUGGGGAUGAUGCUGGGGAUGAUAUAGAUGAGUGAUUCCCCUGGUAUUACAGCUGCAGUACUGAAUUUUUCCCUCUCUAUCGCCAUCUCUGAUUGAAACAUAAAACUGCAAGUUACUUGUGGAGUAUAAAAAAAAGAGUUUUGAACACUGAUUUUUUUUUUACGUACUUGCUCAAUAAUUGAUUUCUGUCCAUUUUUAUCCAAAAAAAGUUAAAUACUGCAGCUUUAAAUAAAAUCUUAAAUAAGUUAAGAAUAAUUUGUUAAGAUCAUGUUUUGAUAAUAGUUACUAUAGAUAGUGUAGAGUGCUUUGGCUGAUAUUUACUAUAGAUAGAACGAUAGAUAUGUUGAUUGAUUAAUUGUUUGAUUAAUUUUUGGUAUUUUACUAAAUUGACAAUUUUUUAAAAGACAAAUUAAAAGACAAAUAUUUUAA